CCUUCUAACUUGCGUCGCACGUCCCUACCUCGAAUCUAGCGAAGCGACACAACAGGCGAAGAUGCGUCUCCAGCAUUGUAGCUUACUUUGAGCCUCAUUCAUCAUUCAAGGGCCGUGCCUUCAUCAUCCCCACGCGCCAAUGGGUCCAAGUCUAGUGCGGGGAGCAUUUGCGAUCGUAAGACGUGGAUGGUGUGAAAGCGGGCGGAACAAAGGGAAAAGACGCCGAGGUCAAUUGGGAAAGACGCCGAUGUCAGCCAUAAAAGUGAUUGAAAGUGUGAGCGAAAUUGAUAACACACAGUCACGCUACACGUAUUGGUGCCACGUUCUGUAUAUAUCCAAGGCCAUCAAGCAGCUCGCUCGGACAGCAAGCAUCCUCAACAUUUCCUCGCAAACCGGGACCCUUCAAGCGGCGGCAUCUUUGAGUGCAGCAGCAGCUGUCGGGAAGCGUCUCGGCACCAUGUCUUCACGUCUCGAAAAGGCAGGCUCGCGCUUCAAGCCAAUCAUCACGCGUGGUGUGGCGCCAAAACGGUCGCAACCAUCCACACCCAGCUCCUCAGCUGAGUCGCCAGCAUCAGUGUCAGUUUCAGUACCUUCAAGCAGGCCGGGUCCAUCGAAGGACCCGGUCAGCUUGCUGCCACCAUCAGGAAACUUUCGCGAAGAUGAUUCGGAGCUCGACUUACCUGCUGGGCCGCUUCGCGCGCCGCCGCGAGUCGCCAGCUCAUUGGUGCCGACCUCUAGCGGUCCGUCAGCGGCUUCUUCGCACCCCAAGCCCUCUGGAACCGAGCCCAACUGUGGAAGCACUUCUCUCCGUCCGCCAUCCGUCAGCGCGCCUGAAGCCCCUUUGAUAAAGCUGCGCAGCGGCCCUGGUCUGGUCAUCCCGGCUACAUCUGCUGCUGCUGGUGCCACUGCUGCUGCCGCCGCCGCCGCCCGACGUACAAAUGGACCUGGCAGGGGCGACAGGGCCACAGCGGGAGCUGUCCCGAUGGGAAAUCUCCGGCCUCCAGGCACGGAGGGGAUACACAAAGCCCGGUCAGUAUCCAGAGCCUUGAGCAGGACGCCAGCACCGGAUGCAGGCGUUUUGUCAGCCUAUUCUGAAGCUGCGGGGCCAUCCCAGGCACGGCAGCAAGCGACGCAGAACCAAGCUCCCAGUGCCACUCCAGAAACAUCAAAGGCUCCUACAGCCGCUUCAAGGGUAGCACCGGGGGCGUCCAGGUCCGGCCAAACGCCCCCCUCAGCAAUACAUGUUUCCCGCAAUCGAGCCGUUCAUACAGACGAACGCGGAGAGAACGCAUCACAUAUUCCCGCCUCGGAGCGUGCACCUGACGCGUUAUCAGAGGAGGCCGGUCCAUCAGUUCGGGAAGCGGGAUCAGCCCUCCAACGAAAGAACGCGACUUUGCAUGUUGCUGCAUCUCUACGUUCUCACACAAAUGCGGCGUCGAAGGCUUUGGCCCCCCGCGAGGCCCCAGCAAGCGAGGAGGAAGAGGAAGAGGAAGAGGAAGGGGAAAAGGAAAAGGAUGUAGAUGAGAGAUUGGCGGCUUCACAGGGGUUGACGAUGCUCGCCCUCAGUGGAAAUCUUGGCGAAAAGGGCCAUACUGAUCACCAUCAGGAUCAUCAGGAGUCCGAAAGCACCGAAUCCGAGUCGAACAGCGAGCACAAAUUUUAUGCAAGCUCGAAGAGUCGGCGAAAUCAGAUCAAGAAACCGCUUUCUCCGUACAUGCUCUACUCACAAUCCGCGCGCAGACGGCUGCGCGAGGAGGAUCCAGACAGGUCAUUCGCUGACUUGGCAAAGACUAUUGGAGCCAAUUGGCGGAAGAUGACCGCCCAAGAGCGGGCUCCGUGGCACCAGAAAGCGGGGGAGGCCAGACAGGCAUACCACAGUGCUAUGGCAGAGCAACCAGCUGAGGAGAGCGGCUCUGACGACAGUUCGGGCCUGAAUGCGGCUGAAUCUACUGCAAAAAGCCAUCCAAAUGGCAAAAGGAGAGCUGCGCCAUCAAAGAAGAAAGAUGUCUUUGAAGAGCCAGAGGGGACAAAAACGAGGAAAGGGCGGAGAUCAAGAAAGCCGCACGAGCCCAAGCGUCCGCCGUCUGCAUACUCCCUCUUCGCCUCUGUUCGAGCAGAUCGACAAGUCGCUAACCCGACCUUGAACUCGGUGGAUUUGACCGCCAAUAUUGCCUAUGAGUGGAAGACGCUGUCUUCCCCCGAUCGGGAGGAAUUUGAGGAGGAGGCAGCUGCUCUCAAGAGUCAAUACCUUGCAGAUCGCCAGAAGUGGAUCAAAGAGUAUCCCGAAGAGCAGGCCGAGAACAGCGACGACGAAAGCAGGGACAAGAUGAAAGCAGCGAAACAAGAUCGAAUACUGCAGCAGAAAAAAUCCGAGCUGGCCGACGCGAUCGAAAAUAUUUCCGACGAGGAGAGAGAAUGGGAGGAGUAUGUCAAGGUGCAUGGGGAAGAUGCUUCUCGUCCAGAUCCAUUCAAAAUCAGCAUUGACAGCCUAACUCCAAUCAACUACAAAAUGGGUCGGCCAAGACCCAGGACCUUCCAGCUGGCUCGCGUGUACAGGAACGUUAAGACGAAGGGCAAGUUCCCUCUUCCUGAGACAGAUGAGGGACAAGCUCAGCAAACCAACACGGGCAAUGGCGCUGGAAAUAGGCGCUACAAUGAAGAGGAAGAGGAAGAGAUUGUGGGUGACAUUGACGACGAAUCUGCAUCACGGGCGCGCUCCGCACGCAGCAACGACUAUGACGAAGAGGAGGACGAAGAUGAUCGGCCAUCAAUGGCAGGCUCCACUGCACCAUCCGAAGCGAGCCACACCUUCCGCCGUAGUCAGCACGCCGUUCGUACACGGAUUGUCGAUGGGAAGAUUGUCGUCGACGAAGCGAGUCUUCAGAUCAACAGAGCUGUGGAUGCGGACGAAUACGAUGAUGCAGAGGUUGUCGAAGAGCGGGAAGACCAGGACUUCAGCAACAGCGCCAGCUACUCCAAGAGGAAACAUGUCAAUCGGUGGACUGCUGAAGAGACGAUGAGAUUCCUAGAAGCUGUCUCGAUGUGGGGCACGGACUUUGAGAUGAUCGCUCGGCUAUUCCCAGGACGCGAUCGUCGGCAGAUCAAAACAAAGUGGCAGCGGGAGGAGAAGAACCAACCACUGCAGUUGCGUGAAGCUUUUGCAAUCAAGAGGAACAUCACUGCCGUCGAAUAUGGAGAACAGAUUGGUAUGGACUUGAGCGGACCGACACCCAUCAUUGUUGUCAAACCUCCACCUGCACUCGAGGGCCUUUCAGAUGGCGAAGACGCAGACGGCAGCACACACAGACGAGAACGCUCCAAGCGAAGUGCUGAGCCACAGUCAGAGACAGAGUGGGAAGAAGAGGAGGUCAUCGAGACGGGUGCAGACGGGGAAGAAAUUGUCACCAUGCAACGUGUGCGCAAGCGUCCAGACGGCCGGCAGAAGCGGCAGCGUAGCCAGUCCGUCACAACGGGCAAAGACAAAGAUAAGCAGCGUUCCUCUAGUCAUGGGCUCAGCCGUGAGCGUUCGCAAGGACGAGAUCAUGCUCAUCGUGGAGAUGUGCUCGCGAGGCGUCUGGCAGAAGCAGCGAACGAACCGGAGGAGGAGGUCGUCGGAUUCGUUGAAUGACAUUGCGCAUGUACACUG